GUUCAACAUGAGCCAAAACAGAGACAUCUCGCAGAAUGGCGGUGCGCCCAAUACCAAUGGUGUUGGACCCCACCCGUCAUACAUCCAGGUCGCCAGGCCUUACAUCUUCGAACAAAGCAUAAGAAACAGUCUGGCUGCUCUUGGCGCGACUGAACAUAAGGAGGACAGUCUCCGUCUUCAAGGCGUUCAAUACAUUGACAGUGUUAGAAAGGCCUUGCAGUUGCCUGUUCGCACCUUCAACACCGCAGUUGUGUAUUACCACAAAUUCCGCCUGGUCCAUGCCGACACCGAGUACAUGUUCGCAGAUGCCGCAGCCGCCGCGCUCUUUUGUGCUUGCAAGAUCGAGGACACCUUGAAGAAGUCGCGCGAGGUUCUUUGCGCCGCUCACAAUCUCAAGUUCCCCUCAUCAGAGCACUUGAGCCCCGAUGACCCGAUCUUUGAGCAGCCAUCAAAGACAGUUGUUGGCCUGGAGCGUCUUAUGCUCGAGUCAGCAGGCUUCGACUUCAGAAGCAGACACCCCCAGGAAGUCGUGAUCAAGGUGGUCAAGGAGUCAGGUCUGCCCAAGGAUCCUUUGGGCAGGACCGCUUACGACAUGUCCAUCGACGUCUACCGCACCUUCGCCCCCCUGAAGCAGACCACCUCAACCAUAGCAAUUGCUUGUGUUGAGCUUUCUGCCCGUCUCCUGAACAUGUCUACCGAGUUCAACAUGGAUGCUAUCGUGGGACCUCAGGGUACCAGUCUCGAGAAAUGGUCCACCGACCGCGGCAUGGUCAUGGAAACCCUUCUGGACUUACUGGACCUGUUUACUCACCAUCGCCAUGCUACCAUUGUCGGCCCCCAAUUCUCCAUGGAUAACUACAUCGCCCUCCGCAUCCUUCUCAACAAGGAAGCCACCGCUUCUAACAUUCCUCGCUACUGCAACUGGGUUGAACCCGCAAACAAAUCUGUGCUCAAUGGCGCAUCCAAUGGUGGCGCAAAGCACUCGCCGGUCUCACCUGCUAUUCCAGGCUCCAACAUGAGCCCUAACUCUCCUCCUGCAAUGGGCCCCACUACCGCUACUGGUGCUAGAAGCAGAGUUGGCGAGCGUGGUAAGGAUGGUACCGUUCGCUUCAUGCUCUCCGCUGAGCGUGCUCGUGGUGAGAAGGAAACCGUGGCCAAGUUCUUCGCCGAAGACGAGUGGGAGGAGUACGAAGAGGAGAUCGAUGUUCCUCUUGGUCAGUAAUCGUGGGUCUUCAUGACCUUCAUGAUCUGAAAAUUUUCUUUUCUGCAUCAAGCGGGUGGCAGGUUUGCAUAAGGGAGGCGUUUACAUGGAGUCGGUGGUUCAAGAGGUUUUUCGUUCUUGUCAAUAAGGACUGGGUGCACAAAAAGAAGAUACCCCCGACGUGUUAGAUGUAGUUAUAACAAUCCAGAAUGAAGUUCGUACU